CCCAGCACUCCUUUCCGCCACAACAGAGCUGCGGAGUUUUCCACAGUUUCCUUCCUUCCAUCAUCCGAUGUCGGAGCCCGUCUCCGAACGCUUUGGCCGGUUGUGCUGCAACAGGCGCGCGCGGCCGGCACCUGCCGCGGCGCCUGAGCCAGCGCCGAUAGAACCCGACAAGGCUGAGGAGGCGUCGGCUGAGGUUGACAGCGCGUCGGAUGCCAGCAAGGAUCCACCAGAGCAGCCCACCAUGGUGGACCGACCCAGGAGGACCGAGGCCGAGACGCCGGACGAAACGGGCAGCAGCGGGUACUUCUCAAACUCCAACAGCUCGAGAAGCGACAGCGAGGCCAGCGAUGCGUGCUUCUGGAAGCCGCAACGCUUGCAGAGCGACUCCUCCGCGGCCUCUGCCACCAGCUCGGAGUUCCGGCAGGCCGAAGCCCAGCGUGCGGAGCUUGAGAAGCUGAUGGCGCAGGUACCUACCACAGAGACAGGGAAACCUAUGUCCUUGGGAAGUAUCAAUCACCCCAGCGCCUGCUCGCCGUGCAUGUUUUUCACCAAGCCUUCCGGGUGCAUCCGAGGCGUACAGUGCGAGUUCUGCCAUUUUCCCCAUGCCACGGUCCGGAAACACAUGACAUCCAACAUCCGCACCGGGUCCCUGGGCAAUUCCUCGCGGGCCUAAGCCCCCUGAGGUUGACCAGCGUUCAAGAUUGCUUCGACCCGCGCGGGGUUUUUCUCGUUCUUUUCAGGAAGCUGGGAUUGGCCAAGCUUUUCCUUGACA